GCUGGAAUUGUGGGAGUAACUUGCGUGUUCCCUAUUGAUUUGGCAAAAACCAGACUGCAGAACCAGAGGGCUGGCCAGCAGCUCUACAAGAGCAUGAUGGACUGCUUGGUUAAGACGGUGCGAUCUGAGGGUUAUUUUGGAAUGUAUAGAGGUAAGGAAAAAAGAUACUUAUUUUAAGCACUUGAACCAAGUAGACAAAAGUUUUUUUGAGCUAGGUGUAGCUGUUGUAUACAAUGUGAAGGAGACUAGAGACAGUUGUAUAACGCAGAGGCUCAAGAUUAAAUUGGGCCCCUCUCCAUAAAAUUGUGAUCAGUGAUUGCUUGCUAUGGCUUCAUUUGCUAACAAACCAUUCACUGUAGUGAUUACAUUAUUUGGAAUAACUACUUCAAACAUUGACUAAAAUUUUUGUAUUAUAUUACUAGCUAGUACAAGUAGGAAUAAUGUCGGACAUUCUCAUUCUGAAAAUCACAUUUUCUUAAUACUGAUACCAAAGCCAUAUUUUUAAUAUUAGCUAUAAAAAAUAUAAUAAUAAAUUAAGCCAAAUGUGGAAAGUUUUGUAAAUGUAAAACAACCACAGAAACAUUUUUUCCUAAAUAUAUUUUGUGCAUGAUUUUUUUUAACAUAUUAAAACAAAUGAGAGAAGGAGAGGUGAUCAUUUAUGAAAGUUGUUCCUGUCAGAUGUUAGUAAGGGUAUAUUUAAGAUGGAACAUAAAAACUGGACAUUGUUGCAAAAAGAUGGUAAAGUGUGUUUUCCAAGGAGAUCCUUGUAUGCUGAAUUUUGAGUGAAAUAACUGCCUUCCAUUUUGUCUUUAAGCAACACACUUUGUUGCUUAUCUCCUUGAAAUGCAAACUUUACAUAUGUUCUGACCUGUAAUUUUAAUUUAUGUGUUAGAGCGCUUUUAGAUUGAUGCAAGAAAGUCCAGUGUCUAUAUCCGUGUCCAGUGCUGUAACUACAGGAAUGCUGUUUUUUGCUGCAUCUGUGUUUUUCAUAUUGCAGACGUUCCCCGUGGAUUUUGAGGGCUAGCCGAUGUGGCGCAGCCACGCUGGAGGCAAAUCAUUAAAUGGUUCUUACAGUACCUCUCACCAUUGUGCUGCAGUUAACUUGACCCUUGUCACUCCUGAAAAGGCUAUAAAACUUGCUGCUAAUGACUUCUUUCGUUUCCAUCUCAGCAAGGAUGGGAAGGGACUUAAUGUCUUUAAAGAGAUGUUGGCAGGCUGUGGUGCAGGGACAUGUCAAGUGAUUAUAACCACUCCCAUGGAGAUGCUGAAGAUUCAGCUUCAGGAUGCUGGGAGACUUGCUGCCCAGCAGAGAGUGAAAGCAACAAUGAUUCCCUGCACAAAACUAGCAGCUGCCACUGCAGUACAUUGUAGGUCAUACAAUGUAAGUCCAGUUACCAUCACUAGGAAAGUAUCUGCCACAGAGAUAGCUCAAGAGUUGCUGCGCACUCAAGGAGUUCGUGGCCUUUACAAAGGCCUAGGAGCCACACUUCUGAGAGAUGUGCCAUUCUCUGUGGUUUACUUCCCACUCUUUGCACAUAUUAACCGACUGGGGCAGCCGUCACCUGAAGAGAAUGCUCCAUUUUACCAUUCAUUCCUUGCAGGCUGUAUUGCUGGGUCUACAGCUGCUGUUGCAGUCAACCCUUGUGAUGUGAUCAAGACCAGACUGCAGUCCCUUCAGAAAGGAGCCAAUGAAGAAACCUACAAUGGAAUAAUUGAUUGUGUCAGGAAAAUCUGGCAUAAAGAAGGUCCUUCUGCAUUUUUGAAGGGAGCAAGCUGCCGAGCCCUAGUCAUUGCUCCACUGUUUGGUAUUGCACAAGUUGUUUACUUUGUUGGAGUUGGAGAGUUUGUACUGGGAUACACACCAUUCAACCUUUACUCAUCGUAGAUGCCAUCAUUCCAGCAGUUUACAUCUUAGAAAUAACAAGCAGUCAAGUCAUGAAAUUAGUAUGAAAAAUGCUGGAACCUUUUGCAAGGAACCAAAAGCUUUUGGCAGCUAUUAGUCAUCUACCUUUUAAUGGUUUAAGUUCUUGUUGGUUUCAGAAUCUUAACAGGUGAUGCUUUGGAAUGACCAAUGCAAAGAGUGUUGGGAGAGUAAUGUUGGCACUAUUCUCGUGUCAUUUUUUUAUGGCAUUUUGUCUGGGACAUUUCUGAAGUAAUCCUUAAUCUCUUGACCAUGCUUGUCAUCUGCCUGGCAUGGUCUGGCCCAUGCCAAGAUCUUUACCUCUUUAAUUUACAUCUAAAGGGUAGGGAAACAAGGUCAUCAAAUUUUGGCUGGCAGAGAUCUGUGAAUAAGCAGACGGUACGUUGAUAAAAGUAGCAACAGGGCACUUUGCGUGUCGGUGAUCCUUCACCACACUCAAAUUUGGGAGAAAACCUUUAAAUACUGUCAUUCAGUAGAUCACUGAGGCAUGUUCCCAUCAUUUGGGAACGCAGGCCUUUUUAUACCUCAAUGAGGAUUUUUUUGUAAUGGCCUUUCCUUGUUCAAAGGUUGGACUGCUAGUCAGCAGCUUAAAUAUUUUUCUCUUAAAAUGAGAAUGGAUCACUCCUGGUCUACCUUCCUGCUUUCGUUAACUCCUAGAUUGGAACUAUCAAGAAAGGCAUGUUGAGGACAGUUCAUUGGCAGUACUGCAAGUGCCAUGUCACUUGUCUUUUUUUUUUCUUGCAGAUUAUAUAAAUAAACGCUUGUUUAACUCUCCUGAUUGUAAAUACAGAAACACCCAUUCUCUUCACCUUAAUUUUUAUUGUUUGGAUUUAAAGAAGCAUAACUGUUGUCCUGGAUUUUUUUGAUGGGUUAAAGUGAAGAUUUCACAAAUGUACAGUUAAAACUACGCCCUUUGGUAAUGUCCAGAGGAGAGCUAAACAAGUGACCUAAAGUGUUUUAACUUUUCAUGUUUAGAAAGGGAGGGAGGUUGCUAGAAUGUUUACUUCUGUAAAGCUUUCUGAUGUUGGCCACAUUCCUACAGCUGGAUUGGAAUUAUUUAUCGCGACACCUGAUGUUGUUUUUGCAGCGUUCACUUGACAUCACUGUAACUAGGUACAUUACAAGAUGGCCCUUGUGAAAGAAGGUGUUCUGCUGAUUUUUGUUCCCCCAGCCACCUUUGGCAUCGGUCCAUUAAUAAAACACUUGAGUUUCUGUGUUCAAGCACGCUAAAUGAUGAGCCAAAGUUAUUUUUGUAUAAGGGCUGAGAUUAAUUUAGCCGAAAGAAAGGACCUCUCGUUGAGCAGAUUUGUUUACACUUCAGUAACUGGAUUUAGCCAAAGGGUAAAAAAACGUGGAAGGUUUUUGUUGAAGAGUUGCCUUUGGAAUGUAGCUGGUUUUCUGUUUUGGGCCAAACUUAUGUGGAUUUUUUUGGUAUGCACUUUGUACAAAUUGAUAAUAUAUUUGGAUUUAAUAGGCAGAGUAAGUGGGUGUUGUACUAGUUUGAGCUGUGAUUGGUCUUUUUAGAGAGUCCCACUUCAUUAAAAUGGGGGAAACACCAAUAUCCAAAGAGAGUAAACAUGGAAGUCGUGGUUAUACCAGUUUUUUUCGAUUCAUUUGGUCUUCACAGGUUUAGGUAAUUUGCAUUUGACAUUAAAACAUUGGUGCUUUACAAAAUGAUUUUGUGGAUUCCACUAUUGUAAAUUUAAUUUUUUUUUUUUCUGUAUGAAAUAUAGAGCAUUUUAUAUUGAUUAAAGGACAGUUUCAGUGUUCCAGUGUAGAAUUUAUUAUAUUUUUCCCACAAGUCACUAGAGGAAGUCUAAUUUUGGAAAAGAGUUGUAAUCCCAAAUGAACUAAAGUUAGUUUGGUACAGACAGUAUCAUUUUUGUCUGUAGUUCACAACUAUUGGUAUAUACAGUGCUCAGCAUAAAUGAGUACACCCCACUACAUUUGUCAGAAAACCUUUAGUUUCCUUUCAGUAUCAACAUUGUCUAUGAGAUACUGUACUACAAAAUACUCCCACAAAUGUGGGCCAUUGAUUGCAAACAAUGAUUUGUUAAUUUGCACACACAAAAAAGUGAUUAUCCUAACAAAUUCAUUCAAGCCCAUGUAGCAAAAAUGAGUAGACCCCAAUUAUAGUCUUAGGAGAAAAGCCCCACUUAAGACUACAAAAGUCCAAUUAACAGGCAUUCAACCACAGGUGAGUCUAAUGAUUCAUUUAAGAGGUGUCCAGCAGACAGGGGACUAUAAAAGGGCAUUACUUAACAAAGAAAAGCCCUUCCCAUUUCAUGCUGUCAGCAAUGGCUCCACGUGGAAGAGAAAUGUCAAAAAAUCUGAGAAAGGAAAUCAUUACUUUACACAAAAAAGGUGAGGGCUACAAGAAGAUCAGCAAAGCUUUACAUAUCAGUCAAAAUACUGUAGCAAAAGUGAUCCGAAAAUUUAAGAAAGAUGGAAGUGCAACCAUCUUACAAAGACGUCCAGGCUGUCCACGGAAGUUAACAUCUCGACAGGAGCGUCUUCUGAUGAGAAGGGUUGAAGAAAAUCACCAUGCAAGUUCACUGCAGUUAGCUAAAGCAGUAGAAAGCCAAACUGGAGUGACCGUUUCCCGUGACACAAUAUGGCGCACACUGCAGAGGAAUGGCAUGCAUGGGUAUCGUCCACAAAGGAAGCCUCUCCUAAAACCCAUGCACAAAAAAGCACGCCUAGAAUUUGCUAAGGCCCAUGCUGAAAAAGAUGAAGACUACUGGGACUCUAAACUCUGGAGUGAUGAGACAAAGAUCACUGUUUUUGGAACUAAACUAUAUGGCGUCGUAAAGGUGAGGAUUUCAAAGAAAAAUGCAUGGUGCCUACAGUGAAACAUGGUGGUGGCAGUGUCCUUAUGUGGGGCUGCAUGAGUGCUGCUGGUGUUGGGGAGCUGCAUUUCAUUGAUGGUAUCAUGAACUCAACAAUGUACUGUCUCUAUACUGAAGGAGAAGUUGCUGCCAUCAGUCUGUGCACUUUUCCAACACUACAAUGAUCCAAAACACACAUCUAAAGCUACUGUUGCAUUUCUGAAGAAGAACAGGGUGAAGGUGAUUGAAUGGCCAAGUAUGUCUCCUGAUCUGAACCCAAUCGAACACCUGUGGGGAAUUCUGAAGCGACAAGUUGAGCAUCACUCUCCAUCCAGCAUCCAGGCUCUAAAAGAGGAUAUUCUUGAAGAAUGGAAAAAGGAUAGAUGUUGUAAUAUGUCGCCAUCUUGUUCAUUCCAUGCCUAGAAGACUUGGUGCUGUCCUUAAGAAUCACGGUGGUCAUACAAAAUACUAGAUGAUGUAGUUUUUGUUGCGGGGUGUAUUCAUUUUUGCUUCAACCAAUUUGAGUGAAACUGAAGAUUUUGUGAUCUAAGUUAUAUUAUUAACCUUAAUUUCAUGUUAUGGAGUUUAACAAGUGUUCAAUAAAACUCAGCCUUGUGAAAAUUUUGGACAUUGUUCUUUUGUUCAUUGAGCUACUGAUUAAAUUUGUACUUUUUAAAGGGGGUGUACUCAUUUAUGCUGAGCACUGUAAAUAUAGAAUGGAGAGGAAGUCUCUAAAGCGGAGUGGGUUGUAGUUUACAUUGGCAUCCCCUUUUGAUACACAAAAAGUGAAAAGCACACGUUUUGAAGUUUUCUUGUCUCUUGAUUUUCUUUGUGGUCCCACAUUCAGUAUUGGAGGAAAAUGCUUCAUGUGAUUAAACACUGACCUGUCUUUCACUUGUAAACAAAGUACGAGUUUGCUUUAAGCUAAAUUAUUUUUCUUGAAGUCUUGUUUUCUGUAAAGGUUAGUGUAUGUUCAGCAUUUAACAAUACAAAUGUUGUUACUCUUUUAUUCUCUUGUUUCUUGUAAUGUGAUACAUACCCUGUUUGUUGUUUUGUGUUUAAAUCAGUCUUCCUUUUUAUUUGUAUUGUGAUCUUGUACUCUAAAUGUCUUUUGUAACAUCUGUUUACUGUUUUAUUGUCUAAUUUGUCUUUAUUAUUUCUUUGUCCUGUUUGCACCAAGCACUGCCCCACCAUGUGUGCUAAAAAAUGGCACACUUUCAUUUCAAGUACCAUCUGUGCUUAAAUGGUCAUAUUUUAUCUAUUGACUGUAUGGAAUUUCUGAGUUCUCCUUGUAAAGCAAUGUUAAUGGUGCUUUUCAGUGCGGAAACUAAUAAAUGCUUUAUUUUAUACAA